GCUAGUGCCCAUAAUGUGCGCCAUUAAAAAGUUAUAGUCGUUGUUUGGAAUGUUAUUAUAAACUCAUUAUAGUAAUAAUAUUUGUAAACUUGUAAUAACAGCAUUAAUUAUUUAUAUAAAAAGUAUUAAAUUCAUUUUAAUUUAGCGAAGUACUAAAUUAAGGUAAAAAAUGGUGGAAAUAAGUAAAUUAAUGCUAGAACAAUCUGGUUUGGGCAAACUUCAGUGCCAAGAAUUAUUUCAUCCAGGAGCGAACUGUAUUAAGAGUAGUGGUAUUAUGUUCUUUGCAUGUUUGAAAGGAAGCUUCUAUUUCUAUUUACCUAUAUACACAAUUCAAAUAUUAAUGAAAGGCAAGAAGUUGGGCAAGAAAGAAAUGUUGGAGCAGUUCAAGCUAUAUUUGAAAUCAGGAAUAUUUGGCUUGACAGUGGGCAGCUCAUUUGUUACAUUAAAUUGUAUAUUCAGGAAGCUGUUUUUCAGUCAGUUCUCAUACUACACAACAGUGCUGCUUCCAUGUACCAUCAGUGGGCUUGCAGUUUACUUCGAGCCUCCACAUAGAAGAAUACUUGUUUUAAAUCUAUUUGCUAAUUUGGUAUUCGAAUAUUGGGUGCGUACAUUAGAAAUGAAAGGAUGGCUUCGGCGGUCCUCUGGCAGAGAAACACUCAUAUUCAUGUUGGGUAGUGCAGUCCUUUUCUAUCUUAUGCGGAAAGAAAGAGAGAACGAUAAACGAACUCCAAUUUUCUGGUUCUUUACUCCACCGAGAGUAUCUAAAGAAGUCGGAGAGCCUAUAGAAGGAUAUGAAGGCAGAAGUCCCGCGUGCCCCCACAAGGAUCCAUGUAUGAACUAUAUUUUAAAGGGUACAGCUAAGCUGUUUGGCGUGGGCUGUGCAAUGACGAUGCUGCGAACUAUUAUUCCUCGGAUACUGACCCCGGCGAAAGCUUUUAAGUCAUUGAAGUUGUCGCAUCUCAAGCUCGGGUUGUUCUUUGGCGGUUAUAUUGGCAUUUAUAGGUUGGUGGUGUGCCUACUAUGCCGGUCGCAUGGCCGAGAUAGUGCCCUAUUCGCUGCGCCCGCGGGUUUCCUCGCCGGACUCGCGUUCAGGGCUGCCCCCUCUACACCUAUUGCGUUGGCACCGCUCACUUCUAGUUUACAGAUUCUAAGCUCCUGGGCAUACCAAAAAGGUAUGAUCCCUGAGCAUUGGCCGGUGGUGGAGAUCCUCUACUGCCUGUGCCAGGGGCUGCUGUUCCACGCGAGGGUGAUGCACGAGGAUGUUUGUCCGCGGUACAUCAUCAAUUUGAUGCACACUGUUACCAGCUCUAAGGCUGACGAAAUUCAAAGUGCUUUUAUACAGAAGAUGCUGAAAUCACUGUGAGUCUCAUUUUAGCGACUUUGGCAGAACUAUCCACCAUUUUAUAUGUAUAGGUCAAUUAAAUUAAGAAUCUCUAAACUGCAACUUAAAAUUUGUAAAAGCAAUACUAUGUCAUCCGAUAGGUGAGGUCAAUCUGUCGAAUAUCAUGAAUAAAUUGGCAUUUGAAUAAGCUAGUUAAGUAAAUUAACAUGUUUAUGUUUUUAAGGAGAAGGCACGUUUUCGACUCUAUCAAUUUGGUGAUAAGUACUGUAAUGCGGUAAUCUCGAUUUUAACAAAGGUACCCUACAUUUUUUAUUUAUAAAUCGUAAUAGGACGUUUACACUCUUGCGCUUAACGAGACACGAGUGCUUGAUCUAUCUGUCCCGAUAGUGUAAACGCACUAUACGAUUAAGGU